AUGGCAAGUCCUCGAACACGAGCUGUUCUCAGUAAAGCAAGAAAACGUGACGACAAUAAUAACUGCUUCGAAUGUGGUGCUCCAAACACUCAGUGGAUCACAGUUCAUUACGGAACUUGGCUUUGUCUCGAAUGUGCCGGCAAACACCGUGGACUGGGAGUUCACCUGAGUUUUGUUCGUUCCGUUACCAUGGACAAAUGGAAAGACAUCGAAAUUGAAAAGGUGAAGGUUAGUGGCAAUCGCCAGUGCUUGGAAUUUCUUAGUAGUCAGCCGGAUUACCGUGCCGAUUGGUCGUUCAGUGAAAAGUGGAAUUCCCGGGCAGCUGCUUUUUACCGCGAUAAAGUGAACUCGUUGGCUCUAGGGAAACCAUGGUCGCCGGAGACGUCGCCGGCGCGCAAUUGGAUUCCGGGCAUAUCAGGCUUUAUAAAAAAUUCUCAGAGCUUCGCCGCCGCCAACAGCAGUCUCGAGGAAGACUUCGGAAGGACAUCGUCUUUCAAAAGGAUGACUACUUCGUUCAGCGGCUUCGGCAGCGUGCCGCCGAAGAAGGAGCACCAGAAGCCGGAGUUCCUGGAAAGUGCCAUAUCAUCAUUGUCCGUCGGCUGGUCGGCCCUCAGUCGUACGGCUGCGCAUGCAGCGUCUUUCGCCAAGGACAGCGUACGUAUCUUUUUAUCGCGUACACUUCCUCAAGUGAAUAUUAUUUUUUGUUUAUUACUUAAAUACCUUAAAACAGAUUCGGGGUGCACAGUCACUGUCCAGUUUGGAGCUGCCACCUCACGCGAUCGCGCACCUCGUCGUUGUCAAUCGAUCACCCUUAAAAUUGACGCAUUCAGCUGCAACGCAACUUCCUCACCUCUUCUCCUUCGUUUCAAUGAGGAGUUUUGCUCCGGAACCAUAACACUGGUUAUUUUUAACUUUCGAUGUUAA